UAUUCUCUGUUUCUUAUUUAUACCCACAGAAAUGGAUACCUAUGUGCGUAGAGUAGAAGCCAAUUCACGCUACGCUAUUUCCACUGAAGCCAUGUCUGGUGGUAAUUUACCCCCAGAAAUUAUGGUGGAAAUUCUUCAGAGACUACCCCCAAAGUCUCUCGUCAAAUUCACCACUGUUUGCAAAUCCUGGAAUUCCCUCAUCACGGAUCACGCCUUCAUAUCUGAUCACCUCGAUCGUACCAUGCAACCCCAUAAUGGUAACAGUUUCCUCCUCCUCCAACUUCGUCGCCCAACUAGCAGGCAGCCUAACGUGCACGCUGAUGAUUAUCAGGAAUUCUACUCGCUUUUCUCAGAUAAUCGACCAUGUAAUAGCUUUUCUUCUGAGAGAUUCUCAUUCACCCGUCUAUUUCGAUUGUAUGGUUAUUCAACCGUGGUUGGCACUUGCAAUGGGCUUGUAUGUUUCGCUCAACAUUCAAUAAUUUACUUUACUACUCUCAUUAUUUGGAACCCUUCUCUUCGGAAAUACGUGAAGCUCCGUAAACAAAUCAUGGCCCGUAGCAACCAUAAUAUCGAACGCGUGAAAUAUCGGCUACUUUACGCGUUUGGUUUUGAUUCUAAGAACAAGGAUUACAAAGUAGUCAGACUUGUGACUCUCAACAAUGAACAAGACAGUCCUCAAGUUGAGGUGUACUCUCUUGCUUCUUGUUCUUGGAGAAGCAUCACUGUUAGAGUUCCUUUGUUUUUCCUUCCUGCACACCUACAGAAGAUACCCCACCAAAUGUUUGUGAAUGGUUCAGUUCAUUGGGUUGUCAGUCGUAGGUAUGGUAGUGAAGUUCAGAAUUUUGUUUUAUCAUUCAAUGUGGUUGAAGAGACUUUUGGUGAAUUAAUGUUACCGAGACAAUUGAAUGAAUCUGCUUCUAUGCUAUCUAUUUUGGAAGGAGGGCAUUUGCUUGCUGUGCUUCAUACUUAUUCAAAGAAGAGCAUAGAUUUUUUUAGCAUUUGGGUCAUGAAAGAAUAUGGUGUUGUGGAGUCAUGGACUGAGGUGUUGCGUUGUGAUUUAAAACGAUAUGGAGGAAUAAUGACUGUAUUAGCUCUUACUAGCAGAGGAAAAGUGGUGCUGAGACUUUGUAGUGGAGCUAUAGUUUUACUUGAUCCAAUGGAAGAUUCGGUUAAGUCUUUGGGAGAUCAGGAAUAUUUUCAUGCUUUUGCAGGACCUUAUGUGGAGAGUCUGUUUUUCAUAAACAAGAAAACUGAUGUUUUGUCAUACUAGCUAACAACUGUCGAAAGACAUGUAGUAGAGGCAUUUUUUCAAUGGAAGUGUUUGAUUGGAAUGUAUUUCUUGCUCUAUAGAAAUCUUGGUGAUUUUCUGAUGUACUCAAUGGUCAGUAUUUUGUGAUAUGUUCUAUGUUUGGUUCAUUUAUGGUGUUAUACAAGUGCAAUUUUUUGUCUUUUCUGUAAACUGCUCUAUGUAUUCACUUCGAAGGCAGGUUUUAUUGCUUUUUUUUUUUUUUUGGUUAAGGUAUUUCCUAAUUCUUCGAAUGUAUGACCUGGUUUAAUUAAUUAUGAGAAUUGUAACAUACCAGAACUCGAAGUUUACACUUAACAUUAUCACCUUCUAUUACCGUGACAAGCUAUCGAGUUUUUUCAGAUUAGAUGCUACGGAGGAGACCAGACCUUAUCCAGACGUCACAUGAUUAUAUUACAUAUAGUGCAAUGAGACAGAGAGGGAGGGAGAGAAAAAAAGAGAGAAGAGGGUAAAACUUUAAACAAAGAAAAUAAAUUAAGUAAAAAUUUUCCAAAAAUUACCACUCGAGGUUGGUUUAGAUUGUAAGGAUAAAUAGAAUAGGCAAAAAAAUUGAGAGUAAAGAGAUGUUUUUUUUGGUGCAGGGCAUAAUAUAAGUUUGUUGUAUCAGCUAAAUGAUUUUAGGUUUUGAUUUUAAGCCUUCUCUGAGUAUCACUCUUUGCAAGUUUUGCCAUUUCCAGCCGGCAUUGAACAUCAAAUUUGACUUCUAUUUAUGCAUUUGAAGUGCUCGUCAAGGUGGAGAAUCCAGAUAUCCAAGCUGAAGCAAUGUCUGAAUUUUACUCCAGGGAUUGUAGUGGAAAUCCUUCAGACUAUCCCUCAUGUUUCUUGUGAAGUUCACCUCUGUUUGCCAAGCUUGGAAUUCCCCCAUCAAUGAUCCAACCUUCAUAUAUGAUCAUCUCAACCGAACAAUUCAAGCCACUGAAGACGGUUCUCUCUUCCUGCAAUGGCCAUAUGUGUUUUGCUGACCAUUCAAAAGUUGAUUCCACUUGCAAUUCAAGUUCAGAAAUUUAUCGUGUCUUUUCAUGUGGUUGGAGAAAGGUUUUGGUGAAUUGAUGAUUUGAAAGAAUCUCCUUAUUCUGUGCCAUUUAUCUUGGACGGAGGGCAUUGGCUUGCUGUGCUUCAUCAAUAUUCAGAAGAGUAAGAAGGUGGUUUUAGUAUUUGGCUGAUAAAAGAUUAUAUAUGGUGUUGUGGAGUCAUGGACUGGGAUAUUUCGUUGCGAUUCACAACUCUAUGGGUCAUUUGGACUGUAUUAGCUCUCACUAGUAGCGGAAAAGUGGCGCUAAAACUUAAAAGUGGAGUUAUCGUUUCACUAAAUCCCUUGAAAGAAUUGGCAAUGCCUUUGGGAGAUCAGAAAUAUUUUUAUCCUUACGCCGGACCUUAUGUCGAGAGAGUUUUUUUUCAUAAACAAAGAACAUGAUGUUUUGUCUUCCUAGAUACAUACUAGAGGCUAAGCUGUCAUAUUGAUUUGUUAAUUUUUCUGGCUGAGUUCUGCCUAUAGAAGAGUCAGAUUAUGACCAAAUGUUUGGAUUAUACUUCUUGUUCUCUAGACUUCAUUUUAUGUCCUCAGGCUACAUUGUUGGCACCUUAUAGCAGUUAUGGUGAUUUUCCGCUGUAUUUAUUUUCGGUG